AUGGUAGAAGCAUUCAAAAAGGACAUGAUGAAAGAAUAUGAGAUCACUGAUUUGAGUUCUAUGAAGUAUUUUAUAGGAAUUCAAGUCCAACAAUCGGAAAAAGGGAUUUUUAUGUAUCAAGAAAAGUAUACAGAAAAUCUCUUGAAAAGGUUCAAUAUGUUGAACUGCAAGACAAUGGACACUCCAAUGGAAAUCAAUUUAAAGCUUUCAAGUAAUGAUGGAACACCAAGAGCUGAUGCUUCUAUGUAUAGAAGUAUUGUUGGCUCAUUGAUUUCUUUAUCUAAUACAAGGCUAGACAUAGUUCAUGCAGUUAGUGUUGUAUCUCGAUUCGUGAAUGAUCCAAGUAAUCAUCAUUUUGCUGCUGUUAAAAGAAUACUAAGAUAUGUGCACGGAACCAAAGGAUAUGGCAUCAAAUAUACACAAGAGAAAGAAAGCAUUUUAGUUAGGUUCACAGACAGUGAUUGGCUGAUGCAAUUGAUGAUAGAAGAAGCACAUAUGGGCAUGUGUUUUUCUUGGGAAGUAAAGUUAUAUCAUGGUCGUAGAAUAAGCAAAGUCAGAAGAAGGUUGGAAACUGGCCAGUGUUCUGAAAUUUCCCAAUGUUCUCAAACUCCACAUGCUUCUGAAACAGCUCAAGCUGCCUCAGCUUCUGAAACUGCCCAAGCUUCUAAAACUGCCUCAACUUCUCAAACUACCCAAGCUUCUCAAACUGCCAAAAAAAAGAGGUUCAAAUCUCUCGCAAUGAGGAUUAAAUUUACCAAAAUGAAGGAUGGUUCUCAAACUGUGCAAGGAUCUCAAUCUGUGUAA